AUGAAUCCUGAAGAUCCCCAAAUCAACAUGGUGCAAUUCUGUCAGGCCCACAACUUUGAGUAUCUGACGGGUCGUGUGUGGAUUGGUUUCUGGCUCAUCUUCAUCGUCCUGGUGAUGGUAGCAGCGGAGGGAAGCUUCCUCGUUCGCUUCAUCUCACCCUUUACCCAGGAAAUCUUUGCUUUCCUCAUCUCUCUCAUCUUCAUCUAUGAGACCUUCUCUAAGCUCUUCAAGGUGUUCAGGGAGCAUCCACUGAUGGCUACAUACUCAAGUGACCCAAACUCAGCUGAAGAAGUUAAUUACCACCUCCUCAACCAGCCCAACACGGCUCUCCUGUCUUUUGUCCUCAUGAUUGGCACUUUCUUCGUGGCGUUCUUCCUCAGGAAGCUCCGAAACAGUCGUUUUUUAGGUGGCAAG